CCGUUUUAGGACAAACAGUCGUCUCAAAAUAAAAAUAAGAGAAAGUAGAUUAUCAGCUUGCGAAUUUAUGAAGUUUCUGAAAAUCGAAUUAAGCUACUGAUAUUUGGAAGAGUCCAUGCUUUAAGCUAUCUAAAUGGACGAAGCUAAAGCGGAUAGUGUGCCUCUUACAGGGUCUACAACAGUAACAGAAGUAUCAGCUGCUAGUCCAACUGUACAAGAUGACGUUCGUCCUAGUAAUUCCCUUGACAGUGAUACAUUGAGUGAUAAGAACAGAAAUACAAGUGCUGAAGUUCACUCUAGUCCUGUUUUAGCAGAAAAGCAAAUUACUCCAGAUUUUCCUCAGUCUGAACCCUUUCCUAUUUUGAGUGAGUCAUCUCGUCUUGGGAAAAGCAUGGAACCGAACCUGUCCCUGAAAUUGACAGAUAACGCUCAACCUCUAGAGCAUGUCAAUGUGGGAUCCAGUUUGGACCAAGUUAAAAAAACAGUGGUAGAAUCAUCAGCUGCAGACUUCGAUAGUCGAAACAGUUCCUCUACUGCAGAGCCAAACUUAUCCACUGAGUUUGAAAACUUAAGUGUCACAUCUAGUCCCAACUCAAGUUCAAAUUCUGGUCAAGACAGCGGUGUCAGCCAGGAUGAGUUUAGUCAAGAGACUGCCUCCUAUCAAUCUGUGAUUGAAAAAGAUAGCAGUUCCUUCACGGAACCGAUUCCCAAAGUCUCUGAAUCUCCAAGCAACAGCCCAGCUAAACUGUCACCUGAUGCAAACACCUCUGCAUCUGAGACCCAAGUCACAGUUUCAGAUCUUGAUUCGCCUGCAGCAGAUGGCACCACAGGGGAGGCAUCAGCAUCUAACAGUGACCAGGAGAGUGUUUACUACAUCAAGUGGAUCUCAUUUGGGCAGGCCAGUGUACCUAUAAUUACACAGAAUGAAAAUGGUCCUUGUCCACUUCUGGCAAUAAUGAAUGUGCUCUUAUUAAAAGGAAAAGUAAAACUUGCUCCUAUGCUUGAGAUGGUGACAUCUGAACAGCUGAUGACUUAUUUGGGAGAAUGUAUAUUUGAAAAUAUGCCUCAGAAUCUUUCAGAGAUUUCACAAGCAAAUUAUGAACAGAAUAUGCAAGAUGCAAUGGGUGUCAUGUACAAACUCCAGACUGGCCUUGAUGUUAAUGUUAAAUUUUCAGGUGUUGCUGACUUUGAAUACACCCCUGAGCUGAUUAUUUUUGAUCUGCUGGAAAUCUCACUCUUCCAUGGCUGGUUAGUUGACCCCCAGGAUUCGGACACUGUCCGAGCUGUCAAUCAAGACAGCUAUAACCAGCUGGUGGAGAAAAUUAUUAGUCUCAAGCAGUCAGAAAAGGAGGAAAAUGUUCGACAAGCUCUGAUAGCUGAACAGUUCCUUGAGCGCUCGGCCUCCCAGCUGACAUACCACGGCCUGUGUGAGCUGUCCACUGUUGUGAAAGAGAAAGAGCUGUGUGUGUUCUUCAGGAACAACCACUUCAGCACUCUCUACAAGAACAAUAAUGAAUUGUUCCAGCUAGUGACUGACCAGGGAUUCCUCACAGAAAGCAAUGUUGUCUGGGAGACCCUGUCCACAGUGGAUGGAGACUGCCAUUUCACUGACGCCACCUUCAGGACCUACACUAAACCUGCAGCCCCAACUGACCCGAUCACUGACCCAUCAGUUCCUGUUGGCAGUCCAGAGCAGAUAGAUCAAGAUUAUCAGGUAGCCUUGUUUCUACAAGAAGAAGCCAGUUCAUCAUUAAAUCCUGAUUGGGGUGUUGGAUUUCCUCAGGAAACUCAAGUUUAUUCUCAAACUGACCAUGAUCUAGCCAUGCGUCUUCAAGCAGAAGAAGACAGGAAAGCUGAACAGCACAGGCAAGCAGCGGCUGCGCAGACAGCCCAAUCCCAUGCUCAACAAGCAGAGGCGCAGCGGAGAAGGAGCGACCGAGGUGGUGACAGAAGAGAAAAAGAUGAGAAAAGUGGGUCUUAAGGAUUAGUAGUGUUUGAUUCUUUGACCUAAUCACUGUGUUCCUGUGUGCUCCAUAUUGAGCUAACUGACCUGUGAUCACCACCUUUGUGAUAGAGCAGUCUUCACUCUCAGAGAGCAACUAAGUUGUGACUUUUUUCCCACCUUCAACAAUUCAACUAGACUGUCAUAGAUAGAAGGAAAAGUGAUUGAUUUUUUUUUCUGUAAUUAAACCAUCUAAGCAAAAAUUGCUGUGUAAAUAUUUUCACAUGUACUUUCACCUGUUGUUUUGAAAUAUGGCUGAGAUGUAUUAUGUUUAUUUAUCAUGUGAAAUAUACUUUCCACUGUGAAUAACUAACUUGUAAAAAAAACUUGCAAAACAAUCAACCAAAUAUUUUUUACCCUAAUGCUGCAGAACUUGUAUUUGUUAAAAUUCACUUGGCUUAAAAUUUUAGUUCCAAGUUACACUGUUUUAGAGAUGGUUAAUCUGAAAAAAAUGUUUUUAUUGCUUAUCAAUUAAGUUAUAAAUGAAAUUCUAAAACAAAAUUAUUCAAUGAGAUAACCACCAUAACAACUACCUGUGAUAAAUUUCUUGUCACUUUUUAAAAAUGAUUUUCUUAUGAACACAGUGGUUUUUAAAUUUUUAUUUACCCUCUUAAAAAAAUUAUUUUACUUGUGCUUGAAUCUGUGUGUACAAAUGUAACAAAAAUAUUGUUUAAAUUCUCUCUAAUUCAGUUCAUCACCAUAAAAAUAUUUCACCUGUUUAAUGUCCAUCCAUAUUAUUUUAAUUUGAUUUAAAUUUAUGAAAUUGGUACAUCAUUAUUUUUUUCAAUGCUCACCUUCCAAUUCCAGAAAAUUAUGUGUACAUUUUUUUUCCUAACAUAAUUACAUAGAAUUUUAUUUAUUGAUUUUAAAUACAUUAUUAGAAAAUUUAAUUCUUCUAUGAGGAAUGUAUGAAUGUCAUUUUUACUUGUAUCAAGAAUUCUCUUAUGCAAAAAGAAAAAUGUAAUUGUCUAAUUUACAAAAAAUGAGCUUUGUAAUACCACUUAAUUGUAAUUAAUAGCUUAUUAUUCAAAAGAGCUAACAAUAUUUUUAAAACAGAUUAAAAUAAAUUUGCACUAGUUUUAAAAAGCUUCUUACAUAUAUUAAAAUGACAUUUUUCUUUAAUGUAAAAUAUUUUCCUCAGAAUUUUUCUAAGCACUACACUUAUGAUACCAAUAGUUUGAAUUUUUUUCUUAUUUGCCUUCCACUGCAUAUUUAAUAUUUAAUUAAUUUAUUGACAAUUAAAAUUGCAUUGUUUGUUUUCAUAUUCAAAUAAUUGAUGAAAUCAAAAUUUGGAUAUUUUUAUGAAGUUGUUAAUUUCAUUAUUUUAUUUAGACUAAAGAAUUAUCAAAUAUGAAGUAACUAGAAAUUAUAUACUAUUGUUAAUUUGCAUACAUAUAGGGAUAUGUAAUAAGUUUUAAAAUAAAUACAAUCUGGUCCCAUGAACAACAUGGAACCCAAACAUUUAAAAAAUAAAAUUGGACAAACUAUUCCUUAGGAAACUGAAGUGCUCAUAUUUGAAAAACUAAUUUUUUAUUAAAUUAGUUGUGUGAUUGUUUUCCCGCUUUAAAUUCAAGAAACAUGAAGUUAGAUGUAUUGAUAUUUAUAUUAAUUAAAUAUAGAUAGUAUCAAAGAACCUUCAAAAUAUUUCAAUUAUUUAAUACUUGACUAUAAAAAAUCUCAAUAGUUGUCUAUUUUGAAAUUAAAGAACUUCAAUUUCAUCAUCAUAUAAUGAAAUUUCUUUAUAAAUGCGGGAUAAUGAAAAGGAUUUUUUUAAGUAUUAAAAAAUAUUUUUUUCAUGUACUAAAAAAAUUAACACAGAUUUUUGUGUUUAAUUUUAUUUCUAAGACUUAUAUUAGCCAAAAAAUUUGCUUGUAAUAAUGCAGCUUUUAUUAGUAUAUUUAAAGAAAUUAUAUCAGUAAAAUAUGCAUCUCUAGAAGUUUUACGUAAGAAAAAUUUGGUUUCAUUUUUUAUGGUUAAGAAUGUUUAUUUAUAAUUGUUAAAGAUCUAUUUUUAAAUUUAGAAAUCAUAAUUUUAGAUAUUCUGUUAGUUGCAAAUUUUUUUAAGUUAUCAUAUUUCAUACUUAUUUAGAAUAAUUUUAAAAUGAAUUCAGAUAGAUAAGUAUUUCUGCAAUUAAAAAAAAAUACUAAAUGAAAUUUAAGUGCUUUCUCUUCCAGAAAACAAAAACUUAAAAAUUUAAAAUUGGUUUUAUAAUGUUUAAGUUUAAAACAGUAGAUGAUUGUUCUAGUAAUUAAAAGGUUUAAAAAUUGUGUAUUUUAAAAAGUGCAAUUAGGUUUAAAAAAAAAGAUUAGAAAACCCAAAUAUAAAUGAUGUUUUGACAUAAUUUCUCAUCAGAACAGUUUAAUGUUAUCAACACCUCAUCAAAAUAUCAUUCAAUAAUGGCAAUACUUUUGCAAUCUAUGUUUAUUAAUUAUUUGUAGAACUGAGAGUGGUGAGUGGAAAAAAGAAAAGUUAAUUAACAUCUUCUGUCAUUUUUCUGAUUACAAUAAUACCUAUAGCCAAUCAAAAUGAGCAUAAGUGGAUUAGUAGUGUAAAAUAAAGUUUUGAAAUAAUCAAAACAGUAGAUAGGUUUUUUAAAGAACAUAAUGAAGUUACUUUUACAUCAUACAUUUUAAUAAUAAUAAUCACAACAAACACAUAUAAAAGAUUGUAUUUAUAAAUGCCAGUUUUAUUAUUCCAAUUAGUCAUGCAUACAUGUAAUUUUUUUUAUGCAUGUUAAUAUUUGGGGCAUGUACAUUACUUUUAAAUAUUAAAGAAUAACUUUGAGCAUUAUGAAUGUUUUAUUGAAAACUAUCAAAUGUAUGUAGUUUUUAUUUGUGAUAGGUCACCCGCAAUGUACAAAUAUCUAUACUUGUCCUUACAUUCUGCCACACUUUGUGAAUAGUUCCACAUUUUUCCACUAAAUAUAUGCUGUACUACAAUAUUAAUUAUUUCCAAGGCUAAGUCAUUAAAAAAAAUGUCAUAACUAUAAUUUUUGAAGAUUUAAAGAGAAUCUUAAUAGCUAGAAAAACAACAUAGUUUGAAGAAAGGUAUGAAAGGAGCAUGAAAUUAAUGGGCAAAGUUCUUUUCUGUUUAGGGCAAAAAGGGAACACUAGAAGCUAUCGUAGGAUAUUAGUUUUGUUUUACUAUUUGUAUGGUUACUUUUUUUUUUUAGGUUUUACAUGAUUAAAGUAUUUGUUUAUUUUUUUUUACUGCCUCAUCUAGUUACAAGUAUGCCAAUAAAUUAUUUUUAUGCUAUUUCAGUUAGUAUAUAAAAGAUUUUUACAAAAAAAUUUAAACUACAAACUAUGAAAGUUUUCAUUAAGAAUUGAAUCAAAUUCUAAUCGUUGAAAAUCUUGAGGUUAAAGGUUCUUAAAUGAUAAAAUAAAUAUUCUGUAAUAAGAGCUUACAAUUUCUGACUGUCUGCAAAAUGUUUUUAAAUGGCUUUUGAAAGGGGAAUUUCAGUGCAAAGAUUUCAUAGUUAUGUAGCAGAUAAAGCUAACUGGAAUCGUAGAAACGAUAAUAUGUUUGACAAAACUGUGACUUAAGUACAUAGAACACUCAAGUCUUAAAUUAUAUUUAACAUCAUUGCGCUAAUUCUGGAAACAUUCAUUUCAGCUUUUCAUCUACUCUGAUAGUUUAUAUAUGUACAUUCUUUUAUCUUCACAGGUUUGUGACUAUUGUAUUCUUCAAUAGUUACUAGAUCUAGUCAGACUAUCAGCACUUUCUGUAAUGCAUUUCAUGGGAACAGCCCGUUACAACUGAUUAACUAGCACAUUAUUGAAAAGAAAGAAAAAUGUAAUACAUUUCUUUCCACUGUUGAUAAUUUUUUUUUGUACAUUGAUAUUUGUUUUGCUAAUAAGCCUCUGCAAACAAGACGACAUGAAUUAUGAAUCGCACACAACUACAGCAAUAAAGCAACCUCUCAGACCCAUCUAUUUUUGUUUUGGAAACAGAGGGAAAUGUAUUUGCAUUGUACUUUAUGAACUAAACCUUUAAAAAACAAUAAAAGAGCAAUACUUCCCUUUUAUUCCCCCAUAACUUUUUUCUUUAAUUAGUUUUUUUUUUUUUUUACUUUUAAAACUUUGAAAAAUAAAUUAGGCAAUAUCGACUACAAAAACUGUAAACAAAAAUUCUUCAAGAAUUUUUCAAUUUCUACUUAAAAAAAGAAAUAUAAACAAAAUAAGUUUAGCAUAAUUAAUUGAACUAUAAAUUUGUUUAUUGAAAUGAUUGAAAGAAAACUGCAACUCCAGUUUCUAUUGUUUGAUCAAAUCCAAGAAAGCUCCUCACUUGUAUAUUACCACUCAUGAUUGCAGUCUUCCUACUUUUCUUCAUCUUUUUUCCCCAUGAUCUACCUCUAAGUUAAUAGUCUGUACAAUGCUUGUUCCAAUUUUUUAGUGGACAAUUUUUUUUUUACAUAAUAAAAAUGAAUUAUUUUGUCUUUAUUACAAUUACAACAUAGAGUAUUUUACUUUGUAACUGCUGAUUUUAUGAGCAAAUACUGUGCUGUUUUUUCUGUAUGCAUAAUUCAUUGUACCUGUGACAUCCAGUUGUAAAAAGUAUUCUAAUUACAAUCAUCUUUCAAAUACUAAAAAUAAAAAUGUUAUUUAUUUGACCUGGCAUAAAAUCCGCAACAAAUCUCGAGACCUAAAUAUUAUUAUUUUAUUUCUGUAAUUUAAAGUUGACAUUCCCUGUGAAUAAUACAAAGACAUUUAUGUUAUUGGUUGUUAUAAAAAAAUUUCAAACUUGCAUUUUUGGUCAAGGGUAAUUUUUUUUUUUUAAUCUGCAAUUUUUUAUUUUAACGUGCAUGAUCAAAUAUUUGUUGUUUAUUGAUAUAAGUUUUGACUUAAUAAAUUUAAGACAAUUUUUUAAAUAUGUUACCAUGUGGGUUAAGAGGCAUUUCUCUUAUUAGGUCAAGGUUUUUAUUUACACUAUGAAAGCAACCAUCUAAGGUAAAGUUUUUUAAAAAUUAAAAUAAGCAUAAUUCUACAACCCUUAUUGUUUUGCUUCUAAUAAAGUCAAGAUUUUUAAAUAUUAAGAAAAUAUGGUAUUCACAAGUAAUAAGCUCAUGGUUUAAUGCUUAUUAGCCAGGGAUAUAGGCCAAUACAGCUCUUAGGGGUAUUUGCUGAAUCAGCAUAUUAUUACUUUAUCAAAAACAUAAGUAUAGUUUACACCUUAACUAAUGCUUGAGUCUGUCAAGGAAAGGAAAAGAUGUAUUAUUCAUGAAAUCAAGAGUUUUCUAAUUUUAAACUGUAGAACUUAGGAAAUAGUUUAAUAUCUUAUCUGUUGACUAUUUUGUAAGCACAUAUUAGAUUAGGUAAUAUGUCUACAUUAUAGUUGUGUUUACUUGGAUACAUUUGUUUGUAUUAUCUUUAGACAAUUUUCAAAGUGAAGAAAUGUGGGCCUUCUUUUUUUACACAUUUUUAUUCAACUGUAAACAUGUGAUUGAUUAGAAAAAGCAUGUGAUACUUGACAUAAGUCAUCAUGUGGUUCAUAAAACUUGUGAUGCUUUUUUCACCACUAAGGUGAAUUGUUAUUUGAGUUUGAACAAAUUAAGUUGCGUUUUUCUCCAUAGAAGCAGAAACUGUGUAUAAAAUUUGUUUCCUACAAAAAAAUUGUAAUCCUUUGAGAAACAUGGCCUGAAUGUUGAGAGGUUUUGAUAUCUUUGCACAUGAAUGUUAUAGCUGAUUUUGGUAUUGAUAACCUGUUUUUUUUUAAUUUAAAAGUAAAACAAUGGGGUUGUAAGAAGAAACUAUAGCUGCCUACACUUGCCUUAAUGUGUUCACUUAAAAACUAAUCUAAAUCAUAGUGUUUUUUUUUUUCCAGUUUUUUUAUUCUUCAAUUAUUUUAGUCCCAUGUUUAAAAAAAAUAGUAUAUACUGGUACUGUAAAAAGUAAAAAUAUAGACAAUUUCAGUUCAUAUGUAAUAGAUGCUAUAUUUGAACAUUGGUUAUCCUAUACUGACCUUUGAUGUAAUUUUCAAAGAUAUUUCAGUUGUGAAAAAUUGGAUUUUAAAAAUAAAAUCCAUUAUUAUUAAGCUCAAGGACAAAUGCAAAAAAAAAAUAUCCCAUAAAGGGAAAAUGGAAAGGUUUUUAGGCAUGUUUUAAAAAACUGUUUUUUGUUUUUAAAUUUUAGAAAAAAAAAAUGAGAUGUGCUAAGGCAUCACAUAUGCUUGCCACCUAAAAAGAACACCACUGACUAACCUUAUCUAAAAUUGAAAUUUUAAAAUGUUUUAUACUUGAUGUAAUCAUUUCACAGUAAUCUUUUUUUUUUCCUUUUAGCUAAUGGUUGAUAUUAAAACAAGAGAUUGUUAAAACUCAAAUUUUCAACUUAUUCCUCGCCAUAUUUGUAUAAGUUAUAAUUUUUAAACAUUAUUCUGAAUGGUUUUUAAAAGUAAAUAGUUAACGCACGCUGUUAUCCCAAUACAUUUCCUUUUAGACAUUUCUAAUAUUUAAACAAAGAUUCAACCAAUAAAAAAUGAAUUC